GCCUAGCAACCAGGAAGCUCGCCUUUGGAAGCUUGUUGCCGCUCUCGCCGAGGUCCUGCCCGCGGCCCGCCCCUCCUUCCCGCAGGUCCCUCACCUGGAGCCGCCGCACACCUGGCGCGACCCGGGCGCCCGAGGGGCUGAAUUCUACCUCAGGCGGUUUUUGUUACAGUGUCUUCCCGACCUCCUGUCCACAUCCGUAAAACCCAGUGACUCGCUCACGACACGUUUUAUGAGAACAAGACAUUUCCUAGGAAGAUGGUGGCAGAAAAAGAGACCCUGAGCAUAAGCAAAUGCCCAGACAAGAUGCCGAAGAGGACCAAGCUGCUGGCACAACAGUCGCUCCCGGCACACCCGCCUCACUCCCUGGUCUCUGAGGGCUUCACAGUCAAAGCCAUGAUGAAAAACUCAGUCGUGCGAGGCCCUCCAGCUGCCGGAGCCUUUAAAGAGAGACCCACCAAGCCCACAGCCUUUCGCAAAUUUUACGAGCGAGGAGACUUUCCGAUUGCCCUGGAGCACGACUCCAAAGGAAACAAAAUCGCCUGGAAGGUAGAAAUUGAGAAGCUGGAUUACCAUCAUUAUCUGCCUCUGUUUUUUGAUGGGCUCUGUGAAAUGACAUUUCCCUAUGAUUUUUUUGCUCGGCAAGGAAUCCACGACAUGCUGGAACACGGGGGGAACAAGAUUCUCCCUGUCAUUCCACAGCUCAUUAUCCCGAUUAAAAAUGCGCUGAACCUCCGAAACCGACAGGUCAUCUGUGUCACCCUCAAAGUCCUCCAGCAUCUGGUGGUGUCAGCUGAGAUGGUGGGUGAAGCUUUGGUGCCCUAUUACCGUCAAAUCCUCCCCAUCCUGAACAUCUUUAAGAAUAUGAAUGUUAACUCGGGAGACGGCAUCGACUACAGCCAGCAGAAGCGGGAGAAUAUUGGCGACCUGAUCCAGGAGACCCUGGAGGCCUUCGAGCGCUACGGAGGGGAGGACGCGUUCAUCAACAUCAAGUACAUGGUCCCCACCUACGAGUCAUGCUUGCUGAACUAGCGGGGGGCUGCCGGGCGUCGAGCGAGGCCCCCUUAGUCUCUGAUCGUCUGUCUCCGCUGCUUGUAGCAUCUCCUUGUUUGUGACUCUCCAGCUGCUGAAAGUGGCUCAUGGGCCAUGGACUGUUAGCCCUAUUGAGAACAAGGCUUCCCAAUACAUAAAUAGUGCCUGUUUCCUAGAUUACAAUAGCGUACUGUGCUUAUUUGUUCUAAGAGAAGAAUCGCUCCUUUAUCCAGCUCCUACAGAAGCUGGGUCUGAGUUAAACCUUCAGUUGUGUAGACAAUAAAACUAUAAUUUUCAUACGCAA